AUGGCUUCGAAACCGUUUAAGGUUCUAAUAGUUGGUGCUAGCGUUGCUGGUCUCUCAUUGGCCUUGAUGCUGGAGAAAAAUGGCAUUGAGUUCGUUGUUCUUGAGGCAUAUCCAGACAUCGCGCCUCAGAUUGGAGCGAGUAUUGGCCUCUUGCCAAAUGGUCUCCGAAUUCUUGAUCAAUUGGGCUGCUACGACGCUGUUAUGGAAAAGGCAGAGUUCCCAGUCACUGAAACAGUGUUUCGCGAUUCGCGUGGUAGGCCGUUUGCCUCGAUCAAAGACUUCGGCAGCGUGCUAACGGAACGUCACGGAUACGCUAUGCUUUUUCUCGACCGCCAAAUGCUUAUUCAAAUUCUGUACAGCGCGAUCCAAGGAAAAUCAAAGGUGUUCACCUCGGAGAGAGUUGUCACCAUUCGGAAUAAGGACUCCAGCGUCACGGUAACAACAAAAUCUGGGAAAACCUACACGGGUGAUAUAAUAAUUGGAGCAGAUGGAAUUCAUUCCACAGUCCGAAAACAGAUGUGGCUGGAGGCCAACCGAGUCGAUCCUAAAUGGAUAGAUCCUUCAGAAGAGAAUUCUCUCGCUGCAACAUAUGCUUGUAUAUUCGGCAUAUCUGAGGGAAUCCCGGGGAUUAAAAAAGGAUCCGUAAACUCGGUUCUCAACGAGCAUUUCUCAUACAUAGUUCCCAGCGGACCCGGCGACAAAACAUAUUGGUUCUUAGUGAAAAAUCUAGGCAAGACAGUGUAUGGCACAGAUAUCCCUCGGUUCACCAAGGAAGAGGAAGAAAACCUGGCACAACAGCACUGGAAUGACUAUGUCACUCCAACUUUACGAUUUUCGGACCUCUAUAAGCAUAAAACCAACUCUGUUUACACCAGUCUUCCUGAGUAUGUGUAUAAACGGUGGUACUUCCAGAGAAUUAUGACUAUUGGCGACGCAAGCCACAAGUUCGAACCAGUCACUGGACAAGGCGGCAACUCAGCCAUAGAAACAGCAGCUGCUCUAACAAACCACCUUGUCUCUGGCCUGGGAGAAUGUACAUCGGCAAGCUUAACUACCAAGGAAGUUGAGUCUAUAUUUCAGAAGGUCCAGGUUCAACGUGAAGCGCGGACGCAGAGCAUAUUGAAAGAUGCCCAUGCCCGUCAACGUUUUGAGUGCUUAGAAACAUGGUCUUUGAGGGUUUUUGCUAGAUAUGUCUUCCCUUAUAUCCCGAAGCAAAUGCUUUGGGAUAGUUUGUAUAACAUCUUCUGCCCAGCGGUAUCAUUGAGAAUGCUCCCACAGCCAAAGCGACAACGAAGUGAGCCUUACUUUGACGAAUUAUUCAGAACGCCGUCAUCGCGGGGGUGGAUUGGGUACUCAGUAUAUGUAUUAUACGUCAUCGUCGCCACACGUGCAUAUCGAUUGCUAUUCGUGGCGGGAAUAAAGAACGGUACCUGGAACCUUCUUCAUGACGCUAUGCGCAAGGACAUAUUCACGAUGGAUAUACCUGUUCGUCGGAGCUAUACCCAGAACGAACGAAUUGACCGGAUGCUGCAAUCUCUGGUCACCGUCUUUUUCGCCGCAUUCACAAGUUCGUCGGACGAGCAGGUAUUGCAACUGGCUUAUUUUCUUUCAGCAAUUCUGCCGUUGGUUGCAAUAUUCACAGUCGAGGGCUUUCGCAAUAGAAACAAGUGGUCACUUCUUUCCGUUCCAUCUAUUUGGGGUCUUUUAUAUCAACUUCAUGGAAUAGGAUUCAUAGCGCCCAUUUAUUUCCUGGCCAGUGCAUUCUCAUCGAGGCAUGCGGUGUACUUUUCACCGACAUCCAGACGCCUGUCCACAUCCGACGCUGCAGUUAUUCUUCCUGCAGUAAUUGUUGGAUACAUAGUUCCAACUCUACUUUCGUUCUUCCCAAUCAGAGAAGCAUAUUCCCGACAGUUGAUAAUUGCAAUCUGGCAACCAGCGCCCAUAUUCGUUGUCAUUCUAACGCAUAUUUUUUCAAGAUUGUCCAAGAUCGCAGCAUGCUUGCAAAAUUCAGAGAAAUGCAUUCCACAGAAUAUCAAUGGUGAUAUUCGACACUUAGACUUAAUUUAUCAGGUAACAGGCAUUAUAUCGGCCUGUUUCCAUAUUGCCCUUGUUCUUGGCUGCGUGGUCUCGGGGAACAAUAUUUCUCUAGUCCAGAUGUUGUUGCCCAGGAGUUCGUUUGCUCCUGUUGCGAACCUUGCAGACGGCUUAUUCAUAUUCUUCCAAAAUGACUAUCUGAUGGCUGCCGCAGCCAUAUUUUUGUGGUGCUGGCUCAGUAUAUGGGAUCUAUAUCGAGUAGGACUUUCCAACGUUAGUUGGAAGCGUGGACUGGUUGCACUAGUGGCAGGAUUUGCAUUAAUAGGGCCUGGUGCGACAUUUGCAACUGUUUGGUACUGGCGUGAGCAUAUCAUGACUGGAGAAAAUUUCGCCAGGAGGAUAUAA